AUGACCAAAGCAGUAACUCCAGUUGCUCACAGCGUGGACGAGAGCUCCGACAUCGAGGCAAAUAUGCCAAUUCAAGGACCGAGGCCAUUGUAUCAUUCACGUUUUGGGAGUCGAGCACCACGACGAUGGACCGGUUACACGGACCGACGAUUUCAGCCAGUCCAUGUCGACAAAUACAUGUCUGACUAUCCCUUUGCGUCCUACCAGAUCCCCGAGACUACAGCACUCGGAACAAUCAAUCACAUGCCUCCGCUCCCCGUCCCGCAACACCCAGCCACAAACAUUCCAGCCACACCACUCGCCACCGCCUUCACACCUGAGGCACCACGUGACUAA